AGUACAAUGAUCUAAAUAUUUAAAUAAAACGUUUAGUAUUGAUUUACACAUCGCCCAGAUUGUAGAAACGAAAAACAACCGAAUUUAGAGCAGUAAAAAGAAAAAUAUUUAAAAACUAAUUUAAAAGAAAUAGACAAAAAUGAAGUGGCAAUUGUUUUUAAUUGCUGCCAUCGUCGUUGCUUUAAGUCAAUCAACAAAUGGAAAAUUGGCCAGUAAUUAUGCCCAGGCAAUAGAAAGAAAUUUGUUUGCAUCCGAAUUUUAUAAUGCAGUGGCCAGUGAAAAAUUGAAUGAUAAUGUUGUUGUCUCACCUGCUGCUGUGCAAAUCUCCAUGGCCUUGGCUUUCUAUGGAGCUAAGGGUAAAACAGCUAACGAAAUGCAAAGUGGAUUGCGUUUAGGCUCUAGUGAUGCUGAAGAUGUUGUAAGACGCUUUGGCGAAUUUCAACUGACUUUUGGUCGGGACAAUAACAUUCGUUUAGCCAAUAAUAUUUACAUCAACGAAAAUCUUGAAUUCAAACAAAAGUUCAAGGAUGUUGCCCAACGUAGCUUUGAGUCCAACAUUGAGAAAGCUGACUUCCAUCCUCCCUACAAUAAGCGCACUGCUGAACGCAUCAAUAAGGCCAUGGAGACGAAAACGAAUGGCAAAAUCAGUGAUAUUCUAGCGCCUCAACAAUUGAAUGAUCUCACCGAGGGAGUUAUCGUUAAUGGCAUCACCUUUAGUGCCCCCUGGCAAAAGGCAUUUCGUCUUGAUAAGACUUCGAAGCGUAGUUUUUCCACUGGUGGCCGCCAAUCUGUUAAAGUUGAUACCAUGUGGACCUUAAAUAAUUUCCAAUAUGGUGAGAUUGGUAAUUUGGAUGCCAAGAUUGUGGAAUUGCCCUAUCAGAACUCUGAAUUUUCAAUGGUUGUCAUUCUGCCCAAUCGCAAGGAUGGUCUACGUGACUUGAUACAAAAUCUAAAAGGCAAAAAUUUGGCAGCCAUUUUAGAUGACGGCCUCAGCACUCAAAAGGUUGAAGUUUACUUGCCGAAAUUCAGUGCCACUUUUGGUGUAAAUCUGGAGGAACCCUUUAAAAAGCUGGGAGUCACAACCAUGUUUACACGCAACGGUGACUUUGGCAACAUGUAUCGUAUGUUUGUCAGCCACUACAUCAAUAGUGCAAAUCACAAGGCUUAUGUGGAAGUCUCUGAGGCUGGCAGCGAACAACCAUUGGAAACUGGUGGUCUUAAAAACAUCUUCUCACGUACCAAGAAAUUCGAAGCCGACCAUCCAUUUAUAUUCUGUAUUAAACACAAGGAUUCUGUCAUAUUUAUGGGUCAUAUUGCCAACUAUGCCUAUGUUUAAGUUUUUUUAUUUUGCUGGAUAAAUUUGAUUAAAUAAACAUGUAUAAAUUAAAAUAGUUUGAAGAAA